AUGGCUCAGCUUGCGACUGUCAGCUUCGGUGCCGAACUCAAGGACGGUUACAAACCGGUCGACAACUGGGUGAGCCUGGGCAUCAACUGGCUCACCGAGAUCCAGGAAUUCUACCAAGAACGCGCGGUCAUCGAGAAGGAAUACAGUCAGAAGUUGACUGCGUUGGCAAAGAAAUACUAUGACAAGAAAUCCAAAAAGUCCAGUAACCUGAGUGUUGGCGACAAUCCCGCCCUCACGCCCGGUUCUCUCGAGGCGGCCUCUCUGACAACGUGGACUACUCAGCUCACAACGCUCGAAGCCCGGGCAAAUGAACAUGCCAAAUUCUCGCAGGACCUGACGAGUCAGGUUGCCACUCCGCUUGAAUACAAUGCGAGGAAACUCGAAGAGCUGCGGAAAAGUCAUGCCGACUACAAUGCUAAACUGGUCAGGGAGAGGGACUCGUCGUAUGGGGACCUCAAGAAGCUGAAGCAGAAGUAUGAUUCUGUCUGUCAAGAGGUCGAAAACCGGAGAAAGAAGGCCGAAUCCUCCUUCGACAAGAGCAAGGCGCAGAGCACAUACAACCAGCAAUUGAUGGAAAUGAACAAUGUCAAGAACACCUAUUUGAUUGGGAUCAAUGUUGCAAACAAGAUGAAAGAAUGCUAUUACCACGAGUACAUACCGGAACUGCUGGACUCACUCCAGGAUCUCAACGAGACUCGUGUCUCCAAAUUGAACUCGAUAUGGCUGGUGGCCGCAACCCUGGAGACCAACACCCUGAAGCGGAGUCUAGAGCACAUGACACGCCUCUCGACAGAAAUACCCAGGAACAAUCCGAGCCUUGACAGCAACAUGUUUGUCCGGCACAAUGCUGUACAGUGGCAGGAACCGCCAGACAUGGUCUUCGAGCCCUCUCCAGUUUGGUUGGAUCAAGAUCAUAUGAUGACAGAUGACAUGUCGAAAGUAUUUCUGCGUAACAUACUCCAGCAGAGCAAGCCGCUCAUCAACUCGCUAAAGGCAGAUGCCGCUCAGAAACGAAGGGAACUGGAAAACGUCAAGCAGGCCCGCCGGAACAUCCGAGAAGGUAAAGACAAACGUGAUGAAGUCGCCUGCGUCGUUCAACAAUUUAUGGUCCAGGAAGACCUGCAUGCCAUCGAGAGGAAACGACUGACGGCAGAGGUGGAGACGUCGACCAUCACUUCAGUCGUGGGCGAUCUUAGCAUGUAUGGCAAAAGCCAUGCCUUCAAGUCCGAGACGUUCAAGAUCCCGACCAAUUGUGACCUCUGUGGCGAUCGCAUAUGGGGUUUGAGUGCAAAGGGCUUCAUCUGUACCGAUUGCGGUUUCACGUGCCAUAGCAAGUGUCAGAUGAGAGUACCAGCAGACUGCCCAGGGGAACAGACGAAGGAGGAAAAGAAGAAGUUGAAGACCGAACGUCAAGCAGCGGCCAUGGCCGCUGUCGCAGCUCCUUCGCCCGUCCAGAACGGCGCCGCUGGGCCCCCACCUUUGACGAGACAAGACACCAUGAACAGUCUGUCGUCCGGGUAUGCGGCGAGUGCUACGAGAUCAUUAUCGGUUGGAGUCCCGAGGAUAUCUACGAUGGAUGAGCAAAUUGCCAGCUCUCCGUCAACGCAAGCGACAUCGAACCCUGUUUCAGCAGGCGGCGCCCCUAGGCGGAACCGAAUUGUUGCUCCGCCUCCAUCGGCCUAUGUCAGUGCAGCCGUCCCGGAUUUGUCUUCGAACGGGAGUGCUCACCCGAGAGGUAAAAUGCUCUACUCAUAUGAAGCAAGGGACGAGGGUGAAUUGUCGCUGUCAGAAGGCAUAGAGGUGAAAAUACUAGAACCUGAUGCAGACGGCGGCUGGACAAAAGUUCAAGCUGGACUGGGCAAAGAAGGCGUGGUGCCUACCGCUUAUUUGGAGGAGCUGCCCACGCCUGCAAGCACACCAGCGCUCGAACGACCACCGUCCUUGUACUCCAACUCAAGCGCCUCGUUGGCCUCGUCGACCGUGGCAACCAAGAAAAAGCAAGGCCCGGCGGUGGCACCCAAGCGUGGAGCAAAGAAAGUCAAAUACGUCGAGGCUCUGUACUCUUACAUAGCCCAGAGUGAGGCCGAAUUCGACAUGACUGAAGGCGAAAAGUUCAUCCUCAUCAGCAUGGGCACGGGUGACGGGUGGGCGGACGUGGAAAAGAAUGGUGAGACAAGGAGUGUCCCUGCCAACUACAUCCAAGAGGUAUAG